AUGGCAGUGGCUCUGGAUGAAGUGUGGGGGCGGGUGAAGAAUGUCUGCAAGCAGAACGGACUGCUCAUCCUCUCCGUGCUGGCCGUGGUCAUCGGCUGCCUGCUGGGCUUCUUCCUGAGAGGCAAGCAGCUCUCCGAGCAGGAAGUGAAGUACUUCCAGUUUCCCGGUGAACUGCUGAUGAGGAUGUUGAAAAUGUUAAUUUUGCCCCUCGUCGUAUCCAGUCUGAUGUCCGGUCUGGCUGCCUUGGACGCCAAGUGCUCGAGCCGCCUGGGCAUCAUGACCAUCUCCUACUACCUGUGGACCACCUUUGUUGCCGUGGUGGUGGGCAUUGUCAUGGUGUACAUGAUCCACCCUGGUGGAGCCGCUCAGAAGGAGGCGUCUGAGGAGGGCAAGAAGCCAAUGACCAGCUCCGCCGAUGCUCUGCUGGAUCUCAUUCGCAACAUGUUUCCAGCCAAUCUGGUUCAAGCAACUUUCCAACAGUAUCGAACCGCAAGAGUCGCAGAGCUCAUCCCCAAGCCGACGGUGGCCCAGCUCCUGGACGAGAUCACCACACGGAGGGUCUACAUCUACGGCAUUCAAGACGACAACGGCACCGAUGUCCAGAACUUCUCCCUGGAUCUCACGCCGCCACCUGAUGUCAUCAUGAAGACCUCCCCCGGUACCAGCGAAGGCAUGAAUGUGCUGGGGAUUGUCAUUUUUUCCGCUACCAUGGGAAUAAUGUUAGGCAGAAUGGGACCCAAUGGAAGCGCGCUGGUCAACUUCUGCCAGAGUGUGAAUGAGGCGGUUUUGAAGAUUGUCGCCAUCGUCAUCUGGUAUUUCCCUUUCGGGAUUGUGUUCCUGGUUGCCGGUAAGAUCUUGGAGAUGGAUGACCCUUCAGCCAUGGGCAAGAAGCUGGGUUUUUACGCCAUUACGGUGGUAAUGGGCUUAGUGCUGCAUGGUCUAUUCAUUCUCCCGGCCAUGUACUUCUUCAUCACUAAGAAGAGCCCCAUCGUUUACAUCAGAGGCAUUCUGCAGGCCCUCCUCAUCUCCUUGGCCACCUCCUCAAGCUCCGCCACUCUGCCUAUCACCUUCAAGUGCCUCCUGGAGAACAACCACAUCGACAGACGCAUCAUCCGCUUCGUGCUGCCCGUCGGGGCCACCAUCAACAUGGACGGCACGGCGCUCUACGAGGCCGUGGCGGCCAUCUUCAUCGCCCAAGUGAAUAAUUAUGAGCUCGACUUCGGACAGAUCAUCACGAUCAGCAUCACUGCCACCGCUGCCAGUAUCGGGGCAGCAGGAAUCCCACAGGCUGGACUCGUUACCAUGGUGAUUGUCCUUACCUCUGUGGGUCUGCCCACUGAUGACAUCACUCUCAUCAUUGCUGUUGAUUGGGCAUUGGACCGAUUCAGGACCAUGGUCAAUGUGAUGGGCGAUGCCCUGGCUACGGGCAUCAUGGCUCAUAUCUGCAGAAAAGAUUUUGUCAAAGAAGGGGAGCAGGUGCCUCUGAUCUGUGAGACCAAGCCCAUGAUAAGCAUCCAGCAGAUGAUGACCUACCAGAAUCAGAAGAAUGGCUGCUACCAGCCGCCUCCAGCAGGCAGCAGGCAGGGCAACCUCGCCCCGGACGUGGCCCGCCUGAUGAAGCUGGAGGAAGGCCUCCGGCCACACGAGAGGAAGAAGCACGCUCACUCGUCUCACCACAAAAGAGAGCACCGGGACAAGGACCACUGUUCCAUCGACAUGAACGGGCUGGAGACGAACGUAUGAAGGCGGGAUGCAGGAGCUGCAGGAGAGGAAGGUUGUAAUGAAGAUCGAUGGGAUUAGGCCCACGUGCACCUCCCUUCCCGAGAAGGAGAGCGGCCCCAAAAAAAAGACGAUUUUUCUUUUUCUACAUAACUUAAAUAACAACCCACGUUUGUGUAUGUUUGCGCGUCUGUACAUAUUCAACACAUAUGUGUUAUUUGGUACAAGUAAUUUCAAACGAGAGAUCUCGUGGAUCUUUGAGUCAACCCAUCUCAGUGGAGCGGAAAUGAAGAAUGCCGAUACCAGAUAUCAUCCAUGUCACCCAUCCCUCUGUGGACAGAAAACAUCCACUCAAAUCCUUUAUUCAUUCUGAUCUGGUUCCCUUUGUUUAAUACCGGCUGAUGUUUUUUUGUUUUUUUGCAUACUCAAAAGUUUGGCUCACAUUUGGAAACAUCCUGAUUGCGACAGAGGGAUUGAAAAGGGGAUUGUUUAAAUUGUAUCAAGUUUUCCCAGCCAUCUCUCCCUACGUUUAUCUUCUCUGCCUCGUUGUCCUGAGUCUAAGUGGGUAUUCUGCCUCAUACCUGCAGUACUGUAGGGUCACUGACAGAAUAAAGACAAAAAGAUGGUGACGGUCACAAGGAAAAUCAAAGUUGUGCGUUGGACCUUGUGUUGAAAUCGCUGGAAGUUGUCUAAGUACCCCAUCGCAUUUCCUCUUUGCCUUAAACGAUCAAAGGAGAAGCACGCGGGACUUGUGCGCUGAUGAAAACAUCUGAGACAGACCAACACAAACCGACCAUCGCAGGUUUCACUCUGAGCGCUGUCCAUGUGUGUGUGAUAUAAUGUACAUGCAUGUAUAUUAAAAGUUUAGAUAUUAUUCAAACGUCAGUGUUUUCCAAGAGCUGCCAUUCUGUAUUUGUAAGAAGAAACAUUUCACUGUAGACCUCAAUUUAUAAAAAAUUGUAUCAACCCUGUAAAGAAGAAAACACCAAGAAAUGAAAAAUAUUAAUAAUGUACAGGUUUGAGUUACAACACAUGCAAUAAAGGUUUGAAUAUAUGACA